AAUCGAGGGGGAGGGGCGGGGCUCCUUUGUUGUUGUGCAGUUUCAUCGCUGGUGUUUGUAUAGUUUUUAAAGGGAAAAGGAUGUGAAAUUUUUAAACUACUGGUUCGAAAUUUUAUCUCUUCUCAAAUGGCCUCUCAAAUGUUUAUAAAGAAUGCAAAGAUUCAAAAAGCUGUUGUAUUAAUCAACAAACUAGAGAACUCUAAAUUUCCACUGCUGUUAACCAGAAUCCUACAAAAGUUGUAUUCAAAGGAUGAAGUUUUCAAUAAAGAAGAAAGUGCCAAACUGGAAAUUUCCCUUUCUGUUGAUCAAGACCAACUAAAACUGAUCCUUCAAACUUUAACUUUCAUCUUUCAACAGGCAGCAUAUCAUACUGCAAAACCAUCUGUAUUGACUCAACAACUUCAACAAAUUGACAUCAAUGAGGAAAAGACUUCUUCAAUUGUUCAGACAUGGGUUAUUCAUGCUAAAAGUAUUACUGAAAAACUAAAAAAGACUUCUCUAGCUUCCAAACAGUUAACAGACGUGAAUUGGGAAAUUCAUUUGCAACUGGCCCAGUCUUCUGUGUCAAAGUUAAAAACUCCUGUUGGUUUGAUUGAGCUGAAUUUAAAGUCAGAUGAAGAAAAUGAAAAGCUUGCUAUGGAAUUUUCUCAUGAAGAGCUGUAUGCUUUCUACGAUCAGUUGGAGACAAUCCAAUCACAGUUGGAUGCUUUGAGGUAAUGUUGCCUGCUACCGAAUGAACCGAUGCAAUAUUCUUUGUUUUGUACUAAGAAAUGUGUAAAUACUAUAAAAAUAAAAAUCAUGAAGCACUAAA